AUGGCACAUUCACCAAGCUUGAUCUCUAUAGGCCUCAGUUUUGGUCCACUUCCUAAAACCAAAGUCAGUGUUUCUGGAAGGCUUGUCCCAGGAUCUUCAGCAGGACUACGCAUUUGGGCCGUGCAGGAAAAUGGUGGACCACGAAGACUGGUGGACAUCAUUAGACUUGUGCCUGAGUUUUCAAGAAAUUACUUUAGAAUUCCUUCUCGCAGGGCUCUGUUUGGUGGAAUCUCCUUGCUGGGUGGAUUCUAUGUUGCACAAACAAUCUCAUUGUCUUUUGGAGCUCUAGGAGUCAAUGAUGUUAUUGCUGCAGUGUUAUGUGUUCUUCUUAUAGAAUAUGUGACUAAGUUUUAUUACAGCCGACCAAAGGUUACUUUCCCAGUUGCUCUUCUCAACAACUUUAAAAUGGGUUUCACCUAUGGACUCUUCAUUGAUGCCUUUAAGCUUGCCAGUUGA